AUGGAGAGCUUGAGAACACCUUUCAAGGGUAUUGUUGAUGAUUUUAAGGGAAGAGCAUUGCACUAUAAAGAUGAUUGGAUUUCUGGUUUCACUUCAGGAACUGGGAUAUUGGCACCAACCACCUAUAUUUUCUUUGCUUCUGCUCUACCUGUUAUUGCUUUCGGCGCGCAGCUCAGUAGAGACACAGAUGGAAGCUUGAGUGUUGUAGAAACAUUGGCUUCUACAGCAAUUUGUGGAAUCAUACACUCUAUUUUUGGUGGACAGCCUCUACUAGUUCUAGGAGUUGCAGAACCCACUAUUCUUAUGUAUACAUAUUUGUACAAUUAUGCCAAAAAUACGGAGGGUUUGGGACGAGAACUCUAUUUGGCUUGGGUAGGAUGGGUUUGUGUAUGGAGUGCUCUACUGCUGUUUCUUUUAGCAAUAUUCAAUGCUGGCAAUAUCAUCAAUAGAUUUACAAGGAUUGCUGGUGAGGUUUUUGGCAUGUUGAUUGCAGUCUUAUUCAUUCAAGAGGCUAUCAAGGGAAUGGUAACUGAGUUUCAAGUUCCGAAAGAAGGGAAUCCAACAUUGGAUAAGUUCCAAUUUCAUUGGUUGUAUGCAAAUGGAUUGCUUGGUGUUAUAUUCACUUUCGGCCUUCUCUAUACUUCUUUAAAAAGCAGAAGAGCAAGGUCGUGGUUAUACGGAACAGAAAUGUUAAGAGGUUUGAUUGCAGACUAUGGAGUUCCUUUCAUGGUAGUGGUGUGGACAGCUUUAUCAUUCACAGUAGUAUCAAGUAAAGUACCUUCUGGUGUCCCAAGAAGACUCAUUGCACCUUUGGCUUGGGAAUCUGCGUCGUUACAUCACUGGACAGUAAUCAAAGAUAUGGGCAAGGUUUCUCCAACACACAUUUUUCAAGCUUUUGUUCCUGCCAUAAUGAUAGCAGGGCUUUACUUCUUUGACCAUAGUGUUGCAUCCCAAUUGGCACAACAAAAGGAAUUCAAUCUCAGGAAACCUUCUGCAUAUCACUAUGACAUAUUGUUGCUAGGAUUCAUGACUUUGCUUUGUGGACUAAUUGGCUUGCCUCCUUCAAAUGGAGUUCUACCUCAAUCCCCUAUGCACACUAAGAGUCUGUCUGUUCUCAAGAAACAGUUGAUCCGAAGAAAGAUGGUUAAAAGUGCCAAGGAAAGCAUUAGGCAGGAAGCUAGCAACUCUGAAAUAUAUGGAAAGAUGCAAGCAGUGUUUAUAGAAAUGGAUAAUAAUCCUAAUAAACAGUCAGUGGUAAAAGAACUAGAGGAUUUGAAGGAGUUUGUCCUAAAUGGUGAAGAUAAAGGAGAAAACAAAAAGAGCACAUUUGAUCCUGAGAAACACAUUGAUACAUAUUUGCCUGUAAGAGUAAAGGAACAAAGAGUGAGCAACCUUUUACAAUCACUCUUUGUAGGAGCAGCAGUGUUUGCUAUCCCGGGCAUAAAAAUGAUCCCAACUUCAGUUUUGUGGGGAUACUUUGCGUAUAUGGCUAUCGAUAGUCUUCCAGGAAAUCAAUUUUGGGAAAGGAUACUACUUCUUUUUGUAAGACCUAGUAGGUGGUACAAGUUACUGGAAGGUGAUCAUGCUUCCUUUGUUGAGUCGGUACCUUUCAAAAAUAUAGUAUUGUUUACACUCAUCCAAUGUCUGUAUUUCUUAAUUUGUUUUGGAGUGACAUGGAUUCCAAUUGCUGGAAUGUUGUUCCCUUUGCCAUUUUUUUUGUUGAUCAUAUUGAGACAACAUAUACUCCCCAAGUUCUUCAGUCCAAACCAUCUUAAGGAACUAGAUGCAGCUGAAUAUGAAGAAAUUCCUGGUGCUCCAAAACUAAGUCACAGUUUAUCCUUAAAGGAGGUUGAAUCACCUAAAGUUGAAUCAACAGACAUAGAUAGUGCUGAAAUACUAGACGAGUUAACCACUAACAGAGGGGAGUUGAAGGUCAAAACUACUAGCUUUAUUGAGGAAAGAAAUCAACAGGUUCAUCCUCAUCAAAUUGAUUCACACUCACAUGUUGUUUAG